UCCAAGUUUAGUUUUUGUUAAGUUCAUGCCGUUUAAGAUCCCACACACACGUCUGCUAUAGUGGCACUCUGUUGAUCAUCCGUGUAGAAACACAGCGUGGGUUCAGAUAAGAUCUGUAGCAUUCAGUGAUAAGACACAGAUGGAGAAGAAUGUGAUAAAAACCUUGGUUUUCUUUUCUGCCUCUCUCCCAGAAGAGCAUCACACGGGCGUCACAGCAGCCAAAUGAACGCAAAUACCAGAAAGAGAAUCAGCUUGGAAAUGUGUGUUGGAAAUGUUUUCUCUCUAAAUGAAAUAAAGCCUAGAAAAGAGCAUUUAUGUAGAUGAGACAAAAUAAGCACACCUGCAUGUGGCUGUCUUUUAUAAAGUUAUGGAUUUUUUAAAGUGUAGUUUAUUCAAACACCAUCAUGCCUUUCACACUUGUAUGACUUUGAAUGUCCAUACACAAUUAUUUUUAUUACAAAAGCUGUAUUUACCAAAUGUAAAGUUUUGCACACUGAAGUCUUCACCGGAUACAUGUUUUUCAUUAGCACAAUAAUGUACCAUUAGUGAAACUAUGAUUAAAUAAAAACGAAAGAAAGGUUUUUGUUUUCAUAAACAGAUUAACUAAACAGAGGAAAGAUUUAAUGACCAGAUUACUGAUGUAAGUUACUCGCGUUUAAAUAAAGAAGAUUGAAGUUUCAGCUCUUAAUGUAGGAGACUCGUAAACUCAGUGAGAAGAAAGUAAUGCGGGGAAGUGAAGGGGAGUGUCGGGUGUCCUGUUUCUCUUUUGUCACCUGCAGCAUUAAAUCUUCAGCUCAUUCACUUCUUCACCAGUUGAUUUGUUUUCUCUCUCAGCUGCUGAUGGAUUCGAGCACAGGACGCUUCUCUCUCCUCUCACCGCACCCGGCGCUUUUUCUCCGUCCGGAGGACAGGAGUUACCCGCGCAGCCCGAAAUGCGCCCGCUGCAGGAAUCACGGGCUGGUUUCAGCUCUGAAAGGUCACAAGCGCUUCUGCCGCUGGCGGGACUGCGCGUGCGUAAAAUGCGCAUUAAUCGCGGAGAGACAGCGCGUCAUGGCAGCGCAGGUUGCCCUGCGGAGGCAGCAGGCUCAGGAGGAGCUGCAGAUGGUUUAUCCCGCCGCAGGUGCGACCGAGAGCGGCAUGAGCCCGUCCAGAACAUCGAUGAGCUCUUCCGCUUCGCCCGCAUUUGAAGCCUACAGUACGGAUACGUUUAAAGACGAAAGACCUCUGAGUAAGUGCAGUGUGUUUGCUGGGUUCAUGAAUCGGGCUUUGUUUACCCCUCACACACCUGCGGUGAUCUCUCCACCCAGAGAAAACGACCCGUUAAAUGAAAGUGUGUCUCCUGGGCUGGAUCAUCCCUCAGAAAUCUCCUCAGAUGUAGAGUCUGGCAUUGAGUCUGAGAAACCUAAAGAAGAGCUGUUGGAGAUGAGCAGGCCAAACCCCACCGCAGUUCUGAAGAAGAUCUUUCCUCACGUGAAAGCAGAUGCUCUUGAGUCGGCUCUUAAAAGCUGUUCGGGAGACGUCGUGAAGGCCAUCGAAGUGGUGCUUGGUGGUCCGGAGGAUCAGAGCUGUGUUACGUCGCUGUCUGAAAACCUGCCCAUCUCAAAUGGCAUUCAUUUCACAGAAGAUCCACUGAGACAUUUCACCUCAAAAUCAGCUUUCUCUCCCCUCCAAUCUUCAUCCACAAAGUCUUUUAGUGCUGAAGGCUUGUUGGGGUUAAACCCUCGGUUUGCGAUCGGUCCGCUGCGGCUCACAUAUUCAACUCCAAACUUUAUUCCACCAUACCUGGCAUCUGGAUUUCUGCCAGCCAUGACCCUGCGGUCCCCAACAGGAUAUCCAUUUGGCGGUGUGCUGCGGGACCUGCCUUACCCAAAAGACACAUUCAACCCCCGGAGCCUGUACCCCACCCUCAGCCAUGGCAAAUAACCCAAACACAGAAAUAAUAUUUCUGUACAGCUGGUGCCUCCAUCUAGGCUAUUUUUGUACCUUAUUUCAUUUUUUUGCUUAUUUCAACUUAUUUGCUUAAUUAUUUUAGCUCACUGGUUAGAGCAUUGUGCUAACAACACAUACUGAUAAUGUGUAGAUUAAAUGCACUCUAAGUCUCAUUCAAUAUUAAAGGGUCUAUCAAUGAAUGAAUGUAAAUGUAGAAUGUAAACAUGUUUAUGCAUAUUUGAAUAUGUCCCAUUUUGUUAAUAAAACUCUUACAUAAAA